AUGCAGUGGGACUCCAGUAACCGACCUAUUUUUAUUGGUGAGCAUCACCAAGAGCAAGGACGGAUACGGACCAAGGGAAAUUCAAGAUUCCUUUCAUUAUUUAGAACAAUGGAAAAAUCCGAGCAAAUUGUCAUUGUGGGAGCCGGGGUAUUUGGCCUCGGUGCCGCCCUUGAGCUGAAGCAACAAGGCUAUACUUCAGUGUCUGUUUUGGAUCGGUCAAUGCCCCCCGUUCCAGAUGGCUCCAGCAACGACAUUUCACGCAUAAUUCGGUUUGAUUACGGCGAUGCAGUGUAUGCUCGUAUUGCAAAGGAAGCAUUCGACCUCUGGCAGACCCCUGAGUUCUCUGAUGCCUUCUACCAAGCACCUUGUCUUUGGGUAUGUCAAGAUGGCACCCCUGGGCGGCCAGUUCAGCCUCGCGCCCGGGAGUACAGUGAAAAGACCAAACGUGUUUUGACUGAGAUGGGUCAGCCAUGGCAUGCCGUUGACAGUGUGGCGGAGACAAAACGAUUGUUUCCCAAGUUGAACGGCAAGCUUGCAACGUCGGGGUUUGAUGGGUUUUACAACAAUACGGCCGGAUGGGCUGACGCUGGUAAAGCGAUCAGUCGCCUGUCGUCCCGCUGCACUGCUGCUGGUGUAUCUUUUAUCACUGGACCUAGCGGCCAAGUGGAAGAAUUCGAGAAGAACCAAGAUGGCACCAUUAUAGCCGUUCGAACACUAAAUGGCAACAGAGUCGAAGGUGAUAAAUUUAUAAUGGCGACCGGGGCUUGGACAUCAAGCCUUAUUCCUACGUGGAAUUCAAUGCUUGCUGCUGGACAGGUUGUGGGGUACCUCAAGCUCACACCCGAGGAAGUUGCUGAGUUAAAAGAUAUCCCGAUUUAUUUCAACUUCUCUACCGGUUUCUUCUGCUUCCCGCCCCACGACGGUACUGGGUACUUAAAAGCGGCAAUUCAUGGCUUUGGAUACACCCAGCAGUCCGAUAAGGCUAAAGUUUCUUCGCCUGGUGCGUCUGCAGUUGCCUCGCGAGCCAAUUUUGUGCCUGAGGAUGGAAUGAAUCGACUUCUAGAUGGCAUGAAAGACCUCUUCCCCCACCUUGCCCCUAGGGGAUUUGAGAGAACGGGACUUUGCUGGUAUAAUGACACUCCUACCGGGGACUUUGUCUUUGAUUUUCACCCGGAGCACAAGAAUCUGUUCAUCGCUACUGGUGGUAGCGGACAUGCAUUCAAAUUCCUUCCUGUCAUUGGUAAGUAUAUCAUCUCUAGCCUUCAGCGAAGACUUUCUCGGGAUUUGCUCAAAAAAUGGAGUUUCCCGACCGGCUUCCGUGAGUCCUUUCAGCCAAAUGUAUUUGGGGGAGAUGGCAGCCGCGGUGGGCCAGAGAGAAGAGAGUUGACCAAAAGCGAGCGAAACACCUUUGACGCAGCUCUUGCUUCCUCAUAUCGACAAAGCAAGAUUUAA